AUGGCCAACCCGACAGCCGAUCCCCUCGCUACUUUAGAACUUCCGAACAAUACCAAUUCAUGCUGGUGGCGCGACAGAGGGCUUCGGAAGCUUCUAUUCUGGCAAGGAUGCAUUCUCGUUUCGCAGAUGACGGUAGGAUAUGAUGAAUCAGUCGUCGGUAGCCUGCAGGCCAUGAAACCCUGGAUUAACGAUAUGGGCCACCCAAGCUCCUCGAAGAUUGGUCUGAUCACUGCAAUAGUCUUCGUGGGAGGCUUCGUCGGUGCGUUCUUGGCCGCGCCCCUGGCUGAUCGAUAUGGACGUCGUGUUGCUAUCUGUACCGGCGCAGCACUCACGCUUACCGGAGCGAUAAUUCAGACGGCUGCUCAGUCAUCGGGCAUGUUUAUAGGUGGGCGAUUCGUUAUUGGACUUGGGAUCAGUUUCACCUGUUGUGCGGGUCCUUCUCUUUUGAAUGAGUUGGCUCAUCCACGCAUGCGGGGAACGAUUGCCUCUAUGUUCAACGUGCUUUGGUACGUGGGCUCUAUCAUCGCAGCAUGGACAACUUUCGGCACAGGACAUAUGACUUCCUCUUCCUGGUCUUGGCGAAUACCCUCCUUGAUUCAGGGUAUCCCAUCAGUCUUGGUGGUUAUCGCAAUUCCGUUUAUUCCAGAAUCACCACGAUGGCUCUAUUCCAAAGGUCGAGGUGACGAGGCCAAAGAAAUCCUCAGUCGAUACCAUGCAAAUGGAUCCCUCUCAGACGAAUUCGUAGACUUUGAAAUGACCGAGAUCUCCUCCUCCGUCGACAUGGAGAAACUCAUGUCCUCAGAAUCCUGGGCCCAACUCCUGAAAUCCAACGCAAACAAAAAGCGCUUCGGGAUAUGCAUAGCGGUAGCUCUCCUCACGCUCUGGAACGGGCAAGGAGUAAUCUCCUACUACUUUUCGCCGAUCCUAACCAGCAUCGGAAUCACCACAACCGACUCCCAGACUGGAAUCAACGGCGGGAUGCAGAUCUGGAAUUUCUUCUGCGCGCUCGCCGGCGCCUUCCUCGUCGAUAGAUUGGGACGGAGAACGUUGUGGCUCACGUCGUUUAUCGGCAUGAUACUCGCUAACGUCCCGCUUACUAUUGCGAGCGCGAUGUAUACGGAGCAUGGAUCGAAAGCUGCUGCGUACACGGUUGUGGUGUUUCUGUUUCUGUAUAAUGCUGCUUUUAAUCUUGCGUGCAAUCCAUUGCUAUAUUGCUAUGCGACGGAAAUCCUGCCGUUUGGGAUUAGAGCUCGUGGACUGGCGUUGCAGAUUGCGGUUUCUCAAGCGGCGCUCACGGUCAACCAAUACGUGAACCCAAUCGCACUAGACAACAUUGGGUUCUACUACUACAUUUUCUACCUAGGAAUGCUGGUUCUCGGAACUAUGAUCAUAUAUUUCUUCUUUCCAGAAACCAAGGGGUAUUCGCUAGAAGAACUCUCUCAUCUCUUUGAGGAUCCUGCUCAUAUACAGAUCGUGGGUCUGGACAGGGCCGAGGAGGACGAUUCGAGUAAUACGGGGAAAGAAGACCUCUUUCCAGAGAAGCUAUAG